CGCUUCGUAGCCUCCACAGGCGCCGCCAUGAACGUCAUCGUCACCGCCUGCGGCCUGGUGGUAGCCUACGUGCUGCUGUCGCUGCUGCGUGCCAUAUUCUUCCCGCGCAAGCCGCCAGCGCCGCUGGAGUACAAGCCCCGGCAGGUUGGCGACCUGACGCUGCUGGAGCUCAGCAAGUACAACGGGCGCGACCCCAUGCGCCCGCUUCUGCUGGCGGUGCGAGGACGCGUGUUUGAUGUGACCACCGGGCGUGCCUUUUACGGACCAGGCGCGGGCUACCAUCUGUUUGCUGGGAGGGAGGUGGCGCGGGCGCUGGCCAAGGUGGCUGUGGAAGAGGAGGAAUGCACCGACAACCUGGAGGGCCUGAGCAAGGCGGAGCUGGAGAGCCUGGCAGACUGGGAGCGCACGUUUGAGAGCAAGUAUGAAGUGGUGGGGCGGGUGAGUGCUACAGGAGGGGGCGCAUCCCGAGGCGCCCACAAGUCGCUGCACAGCCAGGACUCCUGCGCUUGCUGUGAAUUUCCAUGCUGCCUGCUGCACUGCUGCAUUGCCCCGAGGAUGCUUCGUGACACUAUUCCAAAUCCAAUUUAUCAAGCCGACGCGGCGAGCCGCCCCCGUGGCGGCCGCCGUGGUGACGAGAAGCCAUCGCGCUGA